AUGAAACGACAUUUGAACAUAACAGCAUUUACCCAAACAAAAAGAAAUAAAACAGACAAUCCUACUUCUGAAAAUGUAUUAAUUAACCAAGCUAACUUAUCAGAACUACCUUCAACUAGCAAACAUUAUACUGAUAAUCACAACCUUUCUUUGACAACUAAUUCUAAUAAUAGUAUGUCUAAUAAUUCUGGUAAGACACUCACGGCUGCGGUAAAUGAUAUUGGUAAUUAUGUGCAUAAUUUAGAAAUUGAUGAUUUAAAAAAAGAAGAACUUUUAAAAACUCCAUGGGUACCCCAUUCCACGUAUAUUUUUCCUGUUAAAACCACAAGAAAUUUACGAUUUCAAUUAUCUUGGAUAAAACGAUUUCCAUGGUUAAGUUAUUCACAGAUUUUCGAAGGAGCAUUUUGUAGACCAUGUGUUUUGUUUGCUCGAGAAAAGGGAGGUAAAGGUGGUCAUCAGCAAUUAGGUGCACUUGUUUCUAAGGAGUAUGCUAAUUGGAAAAAUUCUCUGCAAGAUUUUCAAUUACAUGCUAGUACAUCAUAUCACAAAUUGUGUGUUGAAAAAUCUGAUAGUUUUUUAAAAGUGAAUGAAGGAAGAUCUAAAAAUAUAACUGAACAACUUAGUAUUGAACGUUCAAGACAAAUUGAACAAAAUAGAAAAAUUUUACUUUCUGUUAUUAAAACAAUAAUUCUUUGUAGUAAGCAAGAAAUUGCUCUUCGAGGUAAUACUUAA